AUGCUUCAACAACUUCCUCGGUGGACAUUGACCGCCGCAUUCUCCGCCGCAGCGUUGUCUUCCUUCUCCGGGGUUCCCUUCGAAUCUGUGCAAGGCGAGCUCGUGUUGUCGUACGUUGUCCUGCGCCAUGGUGCCCGCAAUAUGCUACCCAAGACAAGCACUCUUCAAGAAUCCAAUGUGUUUGGUGGCCCCAACCUCCUUCCAGAAGGUCAACAACAAUGUUAUGAGGUUGGUAAGGAAUUUCGGGAACGAUACCUUGACCUUGCCACGUGCGCCCGGACAGGUACCUGUCUUACCCCUCACGGCACUGAAUCCAAAUACGGCGUCGUCGACUCAAACCCUGACUUGAACUACAACAAUUUCAACACCCUGUUUAACUCGUCUGCUUUGCACCGCACGUUGUUGAGCGCCAGCAGUUUUUUGUCAGGGGCGUUUGGAGAGGAGGCUUGCAAUGGAGAAGAGCUGCACGUGCUCUCUCAACCUCCUGUCUUUUCGACCGAAGAGGGGCAAGAUUGGCGCAUACGCGCAUACACCAAGUGCCCCACAUACGACCGUGACCUGGAAAGGUGGUUCCAAAGCCUCGAGUUUCGCGCCAAAGAAGCCGAGUCUUUGUCCUUGCGCACCCGGGUUCAAGCCCUGGCCGGCCCCGCCGUGAACGUCUCUUUGGCCGAAUGGUGGAACGUCUACGAUCGAUUUCAGGUUCGCCAGGCGUCCGUGGACAGGGACGAGGUCCCUCAGGUUCUGGACGACGAGACCUAUGAAGGAAUGGUGGCUCUCGCCAUGUGGUUGGAGACCGCCAAGAUGCGUUCGUCCUUGGUGCAGAACCGGGUCGGGGGGGGUCUCCUGGCCGACGUGCUGGGACGGAUGGAACAGGCCGUGCAGCACCGUGAGACAAGCUUCCCGCCCCACGUCUACCGGUUGACGGGCGUGGCGGCCCAUUACAACACCUUGCUAGGGGUCCUCGCCUCCCUCCAGGCGGACCAGGUCGCGAACAGCACGCUGUCCUGGGUCCGGGAGAAAAUCCCGGCCUUGGCAGCGGUCCUCGUCUUUGAGCUGCACGCAGUACCCGCACAGGGCGGGGAGGAAUACCUGGUCCGGCUCAUGUAUCAGGACGGCCCCGGCGAGCCUUACCAGGGCAUUUCCCUCCCCUGCAGCCGAGACGGUGACGCCGACCAUGCGUGCCCGCUGCGAGAAUUUUUCCAGUUGGGAGCCCCGCAAGCCUUGAGUGCAUCGGAGUGGUGUGCGGCCUGUGGGAACAGGGAUGUGUGGGCUUGUCAAGCAGGGGGCAGAGGCACGGGCAAGCUCCGAAGCAGGGGAAGGUGA